CCUUCUGCCCUUGUGGGAUCAUGUGGUUCAAUUUUCAGUUGUUCUUGGGAUUUGCAUUAGGAAAUAGUCUCAACAUUGAAGAAAAGAAGUUUCAGCUGAAAUCUAUUUCUGCGAAACAAGAGAGCCUCGAUGUGGCAUUUGUCAAAACUUUUCCCAGUAUACGAUCUGCACUAGUAUGCGCUCUGAUGACUCAUGGUCUUAACAAGUUGGCCACGAAUUACAACGAUGACCAGGAAUGCAUUGUCUAUGACGAGACACUCAUUCAAGAAACUGAUGUCCAACCUUGGUCUUUGGUCCAUCUAUUGGAAAUUCCAGAGCCCGACUUUGAAUUUGUUCCCGUCGAUUUCGAAGAAAAGUGUCCAAAUUGGAAAUUUGAUAAUCACGACAUGGUCCUGGAAUAUACAUUAGAGCUGAACCAAUGCGUUCUAAUAGAAGGCCUCAGAGGGGCAGAUGCCAUCGCCUCCAACGCAUACAUUGAAUUCCAAUGCGCUCAUCAAUUCUGGCAUCCAAAUGAAACCAAGAUCCUGGCCAAAAUCAACCCCGAGUUAUUUGAGCUCCAAACUGCAGACAAUUGUUUAAAUGGCAGAAUGGACUUCAAGGGUUUUUACAAUGCUAAAGAGGAGAAUGAUACCGAGAACCAAAGCGAAAAUGGGGACGAUUAUACGCUCUGCAGCAAGGUCUCUGUUCCCAAAACAUUGGAAGCUUUUGACAACCCUCGCAUUGAAUUCUUGAACUAUGGAGGGAAUUUGGAUGGCAUGGGAAUUAAUUUUACCGUGUGUGCAGUGUCCAUUGAUUAAUCAAUUGCUUUGAAAGUAUUGCAUGUAUCUAGCUUUAAAUAUCAAGAAAC